AUGAAGACGUUCAGUGUUGCAGUUGCAGUGGCUGUCGUGCUCACAUUCAUCUGUGUUCAGCAGAGCUCUGCUGUCCCAGUCACUGAAGAGCAGGAGCUGGAGGAGCCAAUGAGCAUGGACUAUCCAGCAGCAGCACAUGAGGAGGCAUCAGUGGACUCAUGGAAGAUGCUGUAUAACAGCAGACACAAGCGUGGCAUCAAGUGUCGCUUUUGCUGUGGCUGCUGCACCCCCGGUAUCUGUGGAGUUUGCUGCAGGUUCUGA